AUCAACCACAAUGUUUCCACGUCGUGCGAGCAGCACGUUGUAUAGGAAGGUAACGACAGUUGCUAGAUUUGAGCAGGUCCGUGCUAGAAUAUUAAAUUAUCAUCGUGUAUUUGGAGUCAGAACAGACAGCUACAAAGGCGUUAGACAUGGACAUGGGAAAUUGUGUGAACAGAUUCGAUGUCUAGCAUGCUCCUCAAUGAGAUCUAGUGAUUUGGCCAAGGAUGAGGAAGUAAUUGAAGGCACAUUGGACAGACACCAAUUUCAGGCAGAAACACGACAGCUGCUAGACAUAGUGGCAAAGUCUCUUUACUCAGAAAAGGAAGUUUUUAUUCGUGAAGUAAUAUCAAAUGCGUCUGAUGCACUGGAGAGACUGAGAUGUCUUCAAGCUACGGGAGAACAGGUUGAUGAGUCACAUCCAAUGGAAAUUCGAAUAUCAACAGACAAUGCAAGUGGAACCAUCACUUUACAAGAUUUUGGGUCAGGUAUGAGCAGGGAGGAAAUGAUUGAAAAUCUUGGAACUAUUGCACACUCUGGAACAAAGGCAUUUUUGUCUCAGUUUGAAAACAGAAGUGAUGGUGCUAGUUUGAUUGGUCAAUUUGGUGUUGGGUUCUACUCAACGUUUAUGGUAGCCAGGUCUGUCACUGUGUACAGCAGGUCAUGCAUUCCGGGUGCAAAAGGAUAUGUAUGGAUGUCAGAUGGUUCUGGUUCUUACGAUAUUGCUGAAGCUGUAAAUGUAGAGAGAGGGACUAAAGUGGUGAUACAUCUCAAAGAUGAAGAACAGCGAUAUGCUGACAAGACUGUAGUAGAGGGAGUGAUACAAAGGUACAGCAAUUUUGUAGGAUUUCCUAUUUUUUUGAAUGGGCAGCAAGUCAACACAAUUCAGGCUUUGUGGAUGCUGCCACCAAAAGAUGUAUCUCAAUCUCAACAUGAAGAAUUCUAUAAGUUUAUUGCUGAUGCAUACGAUACACCACGUUACCAUCUCCACUUUGCAACAGAUGCUCCCCUUAAUGUGCGGGCUCUUUUCUACAUUCCUCAGAUGCUACCGGAAAUGUUUGGAAGUCAGAUUGUUGAACCAGGGGUUAAUCUUUAUAGCAGACGAGUGCUCAUACAGCCCAAGGCAAGAGGGAUACUUCCAGACUGGAUGAGGUUUGUAAAAGGUGUUGUGGACAGUGAAGACAUUCCACUUAAUCUUAGCAGAGAACUGCUUCAGCAGACAGAAGUGAUCAGGAAACUGAGGAUGAUUCUAACCAGUAGGUUGCUAAAGUUUCUUGGUGAUGAAGCAAAGAAGGAUCGGAAGAAAUAUGAAAAAUUCUUUAAUGACUGUGGGUUGUAUUUUCGAGGAGGUCUUGUGAGUGCUGAAGAUGACUACCAGAAAGAAGAGCUUGCUAAACUUUUCCGAUUUGAGUCAUCAUUUGAACGGCCUGGUGUGACAACAUCUCUUCCUGAUUAUGUAUCCAGGAUGAAACCAAAUCAGCAAAACAUUUACUUUCUAUGUUCAACUAGUCGUGAAGUGGCAGAAAUGUCUCCAUAUUUGGAACCAGUCAAGGCACAAGCAAUGGAGGUUUUGUUGUCAUAUAAUCCAUAUGACGACAGUGUUUUGUCUCUUCUUCCAAAAUUUGGUGGCAAAACAGUUGUUUCAGUUGAGAACUACUUGGCCAAGUCUGAUGACAAAUACAAACAACCAGAUAAUCCAAACAGUCUGCCAUUAGAACAAGCAGAAUCACUAGCAACAUGGUUGAAACAAACACUAGGACCUGGUAAAGUCAAGGAGGUGAAGGUUUCUGGUCGCCUGAGUACUCAUCCUGCAAUGCUUACAACUCCAGAAAUGUCAACAGCAAGAUCUAUAACGCGAGGCACUGCUCAUACAGAUGGGUUAGGUGGAUACCUCCAGGCAACACUAGAAAUAAACCCAAGUCAUCCCAUAAUGCGUCAACUGAGUGAAACAAAAGAAAAAGAUAGACAAUUAGCUGCACUGGUUGCUGAACAGGUGUAUGACAACGCGUUAAUUGCUGCAGGACUCAUGGUUGAUCCCAGGCGCAUGCUAACUCGGCUCAAUGAUUUGCUACUCAAGACGUUGAAUAAAGAAUGAAAUAUUGUUACAGCAAUCUAAACCAUCCAGACACAAUUUUAUGAAGGCUACAUAUGUCACAACGCAAUCAAUUACAAGAUACUGCACGUUCUACACAUUACACAUGUCACACGUACUACUCCUUCAUCACGCAUCACCCUAUUAUGAUUUUGUGGAUAGAAUGAGUGCGACGAUGAGUCCGUACAAACCCAA